AAAACGUAAAAUCGUGAAGUUGUGAAAAAAUGAUAUACCUUUGGCUUGAAUGGAAGUUUUAUAUGGUGCCAAGAAAUCAUCAAUGGCGAAGCAGCAGAAAUCGGUAACAGAUGCUACAAGACCGCCUCUUGUUCCAACGGAGAAGAACAAUGCGGUUGUUGUGACGCGCCGUGCUAGAACAAUGGAGGUUAGUUCAAGAUACAGAUCACCAACUCCUACUAAAACUAGGAGAUGUCCUUCACCUAUUGUCACCAGGACUGUGUCUCCUUCAGCCUCUCAAUCGCUAUCGAAAAGAGCGGUUUCAGCGGAAAGGAAACGUAGUCCUUCGACACCAACUACUCCGUCUACACCGGUUAGUGAUGUAUUGAUAGAUUUACCGGUUUCUUCUAGGAGACUAUCUACUGGUCGUUUACCUGAAAGCUUAUGGCCUUCUACUAUGAGAAGCCUCAGUGUUUCUUUUCAGUCUGAUUCAGUCUCAGUUCCAGUUAGUAAGAAGGAGAAACCGCUUGUUACUUCUUCGAUUGAUCGGACAUUGAGACCGUCUUCUUCGAAUAUAGCGCAUAAGCAGCAGAGUGAGACAACCUCUGUGUCGCCUAAACAUAUGCCCGAGAGGAAAAGAAGUCCACUGAAGGGAAAGAAUGUGUCUUCUGGUCAAUCAGAGAAUUCAAAACCUGUGGAUGGUUCUCAUAGUAGGUUAAUACCACCACAGCAUCGAUGGCCUAGUCGAAUUAGGGGGAACAGAAGCUUUGAUCUUGGCGAUAAAGCGGUCAGGAGAGUGUCAUUGCCUUUGUCCAAGAAAAGCUCUAAACCUUUGCAUUAUAAGUCUUCUAGUGACAUAGAAAGGUUGUUGUCUUGUUAUGAAAAUGGUGGACUAGAAGUUUUGUCUUCAACAACUUCAGAAGAUAGUAGUAGCACUGAGUCUCUCAAGCUUUUUUCUGCAAGUUCGAUACCCAGGUUGCAUCCAAUGUCUGCUCCUGGAUCACGCGCUGCUUCACCGAGCAGAUCCUCAUUUUCAUCAUCAUCCUCUAAUUCUCGAGGCAUGAGUCCUUCAAGAGGAGUGAGUCCUAUGAGAGGAUUGAGUCCUUCAAGAGUGGGAAACCACUCUUUUGUGAGAUCGCCUACACCGUCAUCAAGAGGUGUAAGUCCUUCCCGGAUAAGACAAACCGCGCAAUCCAGUAGUAACACAACCUCGGUUCUUAGCUUCAUUGCGGAUGUCAAGAAAGGAAAAAAGGCGACUUACAUCGAAGAUGUUCAUCAACUACGCUUGCUCUAUAACAGAUAUUCGCAAUGGCGGUUUGCAAAUGCUCGAGCUGAGGGAGUUAGCUAUAUUCAAAGCUUGAUAGCUGAGGAAACUCUAUACAAUGUUUGGCAUGCAAUAUCAGACUUAAGGGAUCUCGUGACAACACAAAGAAUUUGUCUCCAACAGUUGAAGCUAGAAAUCAAGCUAGAAUCCAUUUUAAAUGAUCAGAUGGUUUGCCUUGAGGAUUGGGCUAUGCUUGAGAGAGAACACAUUAGUUCUUUAGCUGGAGCAAUUGGGGACUUAGAAGCAAAUACACUCCGGCUUCCACUAGCCGGAGGAACAAAGGCGGACCUCGGAUCUCUGAAGUUAGCUAUGUCCUCAGCUCUUGAUGUAAUGCAGAGUAUGGGAUCAUCCAUCUGGUCUUUACACUCGCAAACCAAGGAGAUGAAUAAACUUGUUUCGGAUCUCGCUGUUAUAGCUAAGAAGGAGAAUUUUUUGCUUGACAAAUGCAAAGAUCUUCUGACAUCAACUGCAGUCAUGGAGAUAGAAGAGAGAAGCCUCAAGACUCAUAUGAUACAAAAGAAGAAAGAAGCAGAAGAAGUAAGAAAUGAUGCAGAGUCUCCAUUAUUGACAUUAAGCAAGAUUCCAUGGCCUUAACAACAACACACUUAAAAAAUGACUUGUAAAUUGCCCUUUUUGGCUCGCAUUUUCUUCUGCCAUUUUGUCUUUAACUUGUAGGGAAAAGAUGUGAAGAGGUUUAAAGAAAAAUCAAUGAAGAAUAUGCAAUUUAAUUAUACACAUGUAAGCUCAAUUAGUUUAGUGAUCAGUGUAAAAUAAAAACGAUUGGCUAUU